CCAGGUUCCUUGCAUUCAUUCCUACCAUUCGUAAUUGCAUUUAACUUUCGAAUAUUAUGAGGUAUAAAUUACCGAAAACGUUAGCUAAUGAUUAAGCUCUUGAAUUGACAUGCCCGCUCUGAACAAAUAAUAUAAAAACGUAACUUUCUCGCCAGCAGAGUUACCUUAGUCACCGUUGUGUAUUAAGAUGAAUGCAAUAUGAUGAGUUAUGCAUGCCCAAGUUCAAUAUGUCAUUCUUGACGUCAGUUUAAAUUACCAUGGGUAACGUCCCUGGUAAACAUGAAGCGAUUGACGUCCAAUUGAACACCAGCGCUGACGAAGCUAUCGACGUAACAAACGUCGUGAUCUACGAUGUCGAGGACACACUCCUGAACCUUAAAGUGACCUCAAAUCGUGAGCACGAUGAACUGAAAGCUCGAAAUUGUGUCAUCAACAGCGAAUUCAAAGCCGUCACGCUCUUGGAGACGACUUCUCAACCUGCAAACGAAAUGACAACUCCUCUGGCCCCGUCCUCAGACCAUCCUGUUGGUGACACUGAGCUGGGUCAUACCAUGAGUGUGUGUGGUGGUGAUACACCGAAUAUGUGUAGUGGUGAUACAGCGAGUGUAUAUGGUGAUCAUAUCACUAGUGUAUGUGGUGAUGACGCGUCGGGUAUGUGUGAUGAUCAUACGACGAGUGCGUUUGAAAAUUCUUUAACAUGUUCUGAUGUCCCAGACAUGAGCUUCAGUCAAUCUUUGAUGGUCUUGAGUGAAGACUGCAAUAGGUUACUAGUUGAUGUUCCUAGUAACCUCAUGGUCGAUGAAUGCCACCAACAAACUCCUUUAAUCGGGAUACAACUUGAUGAAGACUUGAAUCCUGAGUCCUUGCCAUUUGAAAGCCUAAACUCCAAUUUCCAGUACGCCGUUUUGCUCGACUCGGAUUCAGACGAGGACAGUUCUACGACCAACCCUGCUCAAGGCCACGACAUAGGUUCCAUCAAACGCAGAUUGGAUUUGUCCGAGAUAGGAGACGCUCUGGAUUUACUUUCAACUGAGGCUGAGAACCAACUGGAAGGUUGUGAUAAGUGGAGCUUGGGUUCCUGCAGCCUAGGAGGUUUUGAUAGCAGGACUUGGGAUAAACGGCGCAGCAGCAUCGACCACAAGGAAGAAAUGGGCAAGCUCCUCUACCCCGAGAGAAUCCCUGAAUCUUUUGUUGACGAGUGCAGUACCAGCGUUCCUCCCGGAAUUGAUGCUGUUCGCGAGCAAAGCAUACACCAUAUCACGGACAUUCCAGCUAGUAUCCUUCCUGGAAACUAUGAUAAUUUGCCUGUCCUCUCCGAUGCCGUGCCCCACUCUAUUGCAGCAGCGGAAGCCGAGGAAGCUGCUGCUGCGAACAGGUGUUGCGAUGACUCGUCGCAUGCUGAAGCUCAUUCUCUGAGACAUGCUGACUCCGCUGAUUUAUUAGCUGAAGUAUGCAGUAUAACUUUGGUGGAUGAUAGUUCUCACGCAGCUUCUUCGCAAGACAUGGGGGGAGAAUGUUAUAGCUCCCAAGUGAUUCAUAAUGCGAUGGAAAUUCUUCCAAGUGGAGAAAAUGAACGUUUCGCAGCUGCAGAUGAGGAAAAACAAGAGAAUAAUGUUGUUGUAGUCGAUUCCUUUUCUGGCGGAAUUUCCGACAUGACACCUGACGUGAAUGGCUGCAAUAUUUCAACUGUCUGCACGCCAUGCUCUACAAUUACUGAUGUUGCCAACCAAGAUACUCAUAGUGACAAUUUGGACCCUCAUGUUGCCAGCAUAGUACCACACAUUGCCAAUGUUGAACCACAUGUCGAUAAAAUAAUACCUCAUGUCAACAACAAAGAUUCAAAUUCGGCCAACAAAGAUCCACAUGCUGCCAACAAAGACCUGAAUGUGAGGCCCCCGUCUGUUCACGUGACGGGUGCCUUGUUCUUCCCGCCUCCCAUUGAUGAAGAGGACGAGGAAAGCGAAGCGCCUGUGAAGGAUCAGGAUGUGGGUUUUGGAGAAGGCCUCGACCCCGCAUCGGAUGAAAAGGUCCAGUUGAGACCGAAGGAGGCUGCGGAGAAGUUGCAGGUCGAAAGACGAGCUGGCAACCGCAACUCCAAACCCGACUUGUCGCUCAAACCAGAAUCUAAAUCAUACUUUGGCAAGUCCAUAUUACCAGGACUGUCGGGGCUACAAGGUCUCUCAAACCUACGCCAGAAUAAGAACACUCCAGAACAACAUUCAUCCUCGAAAAAUACCACCUCAGAACCACACCCAGUAACCAAAAAUACCACAAGACCAGCCCAGCGCAGCUCGUGCGACUGCACGUCACUGGACACCAACACGUCUACGAAAGCUAAUGAAAACCGCCUGUCAAACAGCAGCGAAGACAUCACAUGGCUACCUAAACGUCUCCAGGCUCAUCGUCAGCUGUCGUCCUCCGACUCGUGGGGCUCCGAGGACUUCGACUUGUACUCCAGUAACGACGAGGACCUUUCCAGACACGACGAGGAACGUUCCAGAAGCUCUAUUAACGACGAAGAAGUUCCCUCCUCGAAGAACGUGGAACAUAUCGACGAACAUCUCCAUAACAAACUCAAGUGCGUCAAGAGCGCCGAGGAAGUCCCAGUGAGGGACGAGACGCUCAGGAAAGCUGGCGCCGUGUCCGGCAGUUCGGAGUCCGUUGCUGGAGCCGGAGGACGCAGCGAGCGGCUGAAGGCUCGGCUGCUGCGUAAGCGCGAGCAGUGGCGGGAGCGCCGCCAGAGCAGCGGCCGCGACGUCGGCAGGACGGCGGCAGGUCGCCGGGACGCCGCCGAUGUUGAUGCCGUCCCGCCCCGGGACAGCAGGCUCGGCAGCACCGAGGACGUCCCAGCAGUUUCAGGCGGUCCAGAGGCGGGCAAAUUGUCCCGUUGGUUUUCCCUGCGCAAAAGCAACCAUCCCGCUGACGCCGACCGCAGGACGUCACACGCGGGGGCCGGGGCUCCUGGUGGGGGCCGGAACCCCCCCGCGCCACCUGACGAGGUAGACGUCGUUUUUGCGUCGCCCAACGACGUGCGUACUGCGCACUACCGCAACUCGUCUACCUUGUCUACUGCGUCGUCCUCGUCGAGCUCGAGCUCGUCUACGACGUGUUCUUCGUCCUCGCUGCCUGGGAACGCCUCUGGCGCACCUCCCCCCUCCAACGCCCGUAUGCCGCGCCUCACGGAGUUGGAGGAACGCAUGUCAGAAUUGGACGCUAGCACCAAUCCCAGUAACUUUUACGCCAACUCUUGUGGGACUCUUGGGAGCACCCUUGGCACCAUGGGCGCCAACACCUUCCAGAGGCGCCACCAGCCGCCCAGCUUGCCGUCCAUCCCCACGGGGCUCACGGCGCAGCAGAUCAAGCGCCGCCACAUCGUCGCCUCCAUCGUCCACAGCGAGAACAACUACGUCGCCACGCUUCACCGCCUCGUCAGGGACUACCGUAAGCCCCUGGAGGAAUCCAAGCCGCAGAUCCUGAGCCAAGCCAAGAUUGGCACUCUGUUCCACUUCGUGUACGAGAUCCUUCAGUGCCACACGCUCUUCCGCGUGGCACUCUGCGACUGCGUCAGGCACUGGGACAGGGACGAGAAGAUAGGCGACGUGUUCUUCGCGUGCUUCUCUAAGGGCGUCGUGCUCGAGAUCUACAGCGAGUUUAUCAACAACUUCACCCGCGCCAUGGAGCUUGCCAAGCUCGAGAGCAGCAGGAAGAGCGUCUUCGCUGACUUCCUCAAGAUGCGGCAGGUGACCUCCCCCGACCGCCUCUCCUUCUUCGGCAUGAUGGUGAAGCCCGUGCAGCGCUUCCCGCAGUUCAUCCUCUUCCUGCAGGACCUCCUGAAGCACACCCCCAAAGGGCACCACGACCGCAUGUCGCUGCAGCUCGCGCUGACGCAGCUCGAGUCGCUCGCCGAGACGCUGAACGAGCUGAAGCGAGAGUCGGAGCAGCACCAGGCAUUCAAGGCGACACUCAAACAAAUCAACAGCAAGUUUGCCCUCAGGUCCAUUAGUGAGGGCAACCGAUGCCUCAUCCGCCAAGACGACCUCACCAAACUGGAGUUUGGACCCAACGGCCUCAUCAAGCAAACGAAGGAACGUCGCCUGUUCCUGACGACAGACGCCGUCAUCUGCGUCUCCGUCGUGCCCAGGACGUCCGAUGACGUCACCUCUCAUGAACGUCUCUCCCUGAAGUGGUUUCACCCCAUCACCGAGGUUGAGGUUCAAGAAAACAAUUCGUCGCUUACGUUGAGCCGCCUGCUGGCAGCAGGUUUGGCGCAGCGCACGUCUGGCACGGGAAACUCUUCUCUAGGUAAGACAACCGCGACAGGCGGACGCAGUGUGUACGACAUGUACGGCAGCGCGCUCACCAGUUCGCUCGUGGAGAGCGAGGCGAUGGUAGGGGCGCUGUGCGCCGAGAUGAACGACCUCAUGCACGACUACCAAGUCGUCUCGCGGAUUGCUGGACUAGUGGCUACUCUCAAAGGCUCUUAUGACGGGCUGAGCGGGGCCGUGGUGCAGGGAGUGCUGGACGUGAUCCAGCAGAAUAUCCAGGCAAGGGACGACCGCAUGAGUUGGCUGGACGGCUGUUGCCUGCAGGUCAGGGCAGGCAAGGAGACCUUCACUUUCCACGUCAAGAAUCCCGGCGUCAAGAAAGACUGGAUUAUCGAGCUUCGUCUGGCGCAGCUGGCCGUGUCGUCCGUGAACAGCCCCGCGUGGGACGUGGGCGACGCCACGUCUCAGCGUCCCCCGUCCCGACGUCCUCUCUUCGUCACCGCCAUCCCCAUACUGAACGCUGCUCACCACACCCAGGUGGUGUGUGGAUGCCAGUACCCUCUACAAGACGUGCCCAAGAACGUGCCCCUCAAGUCGCUGGUGGCAGGGGCGCGCCGGCGCUACGGCAAGACGCUGACGUCGGUGUGGCUGUGCUCUACUGACGGCGUCACGUCCUACGUCAUACGCUUCGUCACGCACCUCGGUGGGCUGCGUGAGUGUGGCCGCUCGGUGCUGUCUGAGGUGUGCGUGACUGCAAUGCUUCACGUGCCUCCCCCUCCCUCUUGUCCUCCCCUCACCCCCACCCCGCCUCCGGCCGCCCCUCUCCCCCUCAGUCUGGAUACCGUCUGGAUCGGCACCUUACAGAACAGGCUGCUCGUGUACAGCGGGAGUGCGUGCGACUCGCAGGAGGAGCUGCGCCGCACUGAGCUGCCUGCUGCCGUGUCGGCGCUUUUAUAUCACUGCCAGAUGGUGUACGUUGGUUUGACGAACGGAUCGCUGCAGAUGUACCAGCGUGACCCCGCUGACAGCUGCUGGCUGCUGUCACCUGCUGCCAGCAUUGCCCUCAGCGACGACGAACAGGCUCCUGUCAAGGCACUGCUGCCCCUGGCAACUCAGCUCUGCGCUGCCGUCGAUCACAGGGUGGUGGUCAUCGACUGCGUCACCUUGACAGUUGUUAAGCAAAUGUCAACCCACCACGGUGGUGCGGUGAGCUUGAUGGCCCACUCGGGCAUCGGGCUGUGGUUGAGUGAGGGUGGGUCGUCGACAGUGUGCCUCUACCACACCGAGAGCUGCCGCCACCUGCAGGAUAUUGACGUGGCGCCCUCCGUGUGCCGCAUGCUCGCUGUGGCGGUGGGUUCGUGUAGUGUGGUGGUGACGGCGCUGGUGGUGAGUCGUGGGCUGCUGUGGGUGGGCACCAGCGUGGGCGUGACAGUGACGCUUCCUCUACCCCGCCUGCAAGGUGUGCCCAUCAUCAGUGGGCGACCCACACUAAGUUACCACGCCCACACCGGCCCAGUCACCUUCCUGAUGACUCUCAUGACCCCUGAGUACUAUAACCUCCCUACACAAACAGAGCCUCUUCCUCACAACGAAGAUCAAGUCGUCGAGGAAGACGCCUCACAACAGAGGACACAGCCUCGGGAUGUUGGGGAUGACCCGAAGAAGCUAGUAAACCCGCAGGUGUUGGUCAAGAGGGCCCACACGCUCCCCAGGGGAUUUGGGAAUUCAAGUGGGACCGGGCUAACACCCUUAGGGGAGCUAGCGCCCAGUGGGACCGAAGAGGCGGCGGUGCUGGGGGUGUGUGGGGACCUCCUUCGUCACUGGUCAGACGAAGAGGUCGUUCAGAACCACGACGGAGGAGGAAUAGUCGGGGAUUUGAGGCGCAGUGACCCUUCCCUGUCAUGCGUUGGGUCCUCAGGAUCCACAAGACGAAGCGAUCCUUCGUUGUCCUGCGCAGGUUCCACUUCGCUGGACCGACGCUCGAGACUCAAGGCAGGACGGCCUAGGUCUCUGGACCUGAGCUCAGCAUACAUAGAGAGCAAGACGUCCGUCGUCACCACGAGCUCCAUGGGGUCUGACGACGCCUGCGCCGCGCUGUCCAACAGACAAUCACUCAUACGGGAUGCCGUGCGAAUAGACGACGUUAUCCCAGAAUCUCAAGAUCCUGAUCAUAAGACCGGUGAUCCUGAACAGGAUGAUGACUUAUUGAGAAUUGGCUCACAAGAUGAAAAUAGUGCGCAGGUCAGUCUUUCCUUUGAGGGAGAACUAGUGUUGGAUCCUGAAGCCUCCGAGCUUAACAGGGAUUCAAAACAAAAUCAAGAAUUGUCGAACGUGAACGAAGGGGAAAACUCGGAAUUAGAUACAUUGGACCGGAAUGCAAUUAUUGAUAACGCAUGUGUAAUUCACAAAGACAAUGUCGACGUUGCCUUGGGAAAUGAUGGCAGUGUUUCAGCUGAAGUUUCUCAUGUACAGUUGCCUUCUACCGAAGAAAUGCCCACUGAUGGAUCUCGUGACGAGACUACUGAAAUUCUCACUGCAAGCAACGAUUCAACUCAUGGAGAAGCUAAUGUGGCUCAAAAAUCGUAUGUUGCCGAUGAAGUUGCCUCUAGCGAAGAUAUUCUCUUGACUGAAGAAUCUCCCGAUGAAAAUAAGAGGUGCUCAGAGGAAGAUACUAAAUUCUGUGAAACCAAGAAUCUUGAUGAAAACACUGUGACAGACGCCCCUGUGCCAGAGGUUACUGAAGUAAAUUUCCCGACAGCAGGUGAUUCCUCAGCAACUUUGAUGUCGACGGGAGAAGAAGUCUCAUCGGAAGACCAGCCUUCAGAAACAAUGCGACGAGGGCAUUGUCGUAGCUCCAGCGACGUCACUGUUGCCAGUUCCUCGUCGCUGACGUCAGAGACAAGACCUAAAUUAUCGCUCCACUCCGCUUUGGGGCCCGUCGAGUCUUCGCCCUUAAAAAACAAUAAAGAAAUUCUCAAAGUUCCCCCCAAAGUUAGCAACAGCGAUUCCGGUGAACCCCUCAGCAGGAAUCUAGCGGGAACUCUGAACCGUAAAUGUGCGGCCAACAAAACUGGCAGCGGAAGUUCAGGCGGGGGACCGGGGCUUGAUGUGGACCAGCCUAGGACGGUGCUCGUGCUCACGGGAGGUCAGGGGUACAAGUGCAUCAGGGAUCCAACCCCCACCAACGGGCCGCCCCACAACAACACUGACGCCCACAUCCUCGUGUGGGAGAUGAAACUCUGAAGGUGGCAGCUACUGACGUGUGCAGCGUAGCAAUCGCUGAACAUUUCUGAACGCUACGAGCUGCGGAAAUUAUACUAGCUGAGGAAUAUCUGUGAUCAUUUAGGAUUAAAAAACUGUUACACUGUUCCAUUCCCACUGGGAUUCAAACUGCGCGAGCCUGAAUGCCGUGCUAAUUUCAUACUUUAUUGACAUUUAAUUUUCUUCGGAGUAAACGGUGUAGUUUAUACUAUCUAUGUUUUCUAGGGCAUUUAUGUGCAGUGUAAUUCUAAUAACUGCGGAGGCUGGCGUGCGUCGUAGCACUGUAGGGUAAUUCUGCUCCUCAUGAGGUCGUUACGUUGGAAAGUUUCCUUGUGUUCUCGAGUUCUACUGACCGAUGCCAUGGUUGAUCUCUCCAGCUAAAUAUAUAUUAGUAACUAAAGUAUCUGGAGAGAUGAAAAGGGAGGCUAAAUGAUAGAUUCUAUAUGUCCCAAAGUUGGCUGCAUAAUUCUAGAACCAAGCGAUAUUUGUGUCGAUAAUUAUCAGGAAGACUAUAGCCUUCUCUGGUAAACCUGUGUCAUAUGUCUAGCAUGUACCUAUGAUGUAUUUUUUGAUUGUGCAUUUAAAAUAAUUUUGAUCAAUCGUGCAAUCGUCCCGUGCUGGUCAGGCAAGUAUACGAGCGGCGAGCGAUGGCGCCAUACCUGCACGCAAUUGCCUCUGGCAGCUAAUGAGUUACCGCCAAAUACCGUCAAGCCUAUAAUUAUUCAACAUCUAUACGAUGCUCACCGUAGGCUUACACGGACACGGACGUCCGUCCGACAUAUGCAACACCUUAUAUCGGUCGCUGUGUGGUUAAGAGAUUCAUUUUAUUAUAAACAAAUCAUGAAAUAUAUAUUAAAUAAAGUCAAAUAUUAAAUUUAAGAAGUCUACAGAGAAAUUUUGAAUUCGCUUGUUGUUGUAGAGGGCCGCAGACAUGUCGCUCCAACUUUAUGAGAAGAUUGUCAUCUCAGAUGCCGCAAUUUUGGUUGAGAAAUGCAGCUGCUUUAUAUGAACGUAAUCUUCUGUGUUCAGGCCUAUUGUCGGCAACCCAAUCACUUGAUGCCCAGUCUGCCCGUAGAUCUUCCAUGAACAAAGUGGGCGCGCUUUACUAGGGGUAAUGAUUCAUUAUCGUUGUAUGACUUUCACGCUUUUGAUUCAUUGAAGUAAACAACAUUAAUCAUUAAUUAUUUCAUCCAUUUACGCCUGUUGUAUUUGUUUCGUUGACAGCGCCGUCGGUGUUCUCAUGGAGUUGUGAACGGUGCGUUCACUUCGGUGCCUGCGCCCGACCAUUUUAACUCUUAAGUUACGCAUUAUUUUGCACAUUAUUCCUUCCGUGAAUUCCUAAAGGAUUAAAUCUAGAAUGCAACGAGUUUACAAUUGUUUAUACCUUCCAGCGGAGUUGCCGUUUAUUUCAUUGUCUUCAUUGUUAUGUCAUUGUCAGAGGAAGCAAAUUUUGAACACUUGGCCAAACUGGUCGUAUAGUGCACAAGUGUGUCUGUGCCAAUACGGUGUGUGCGGCUGUGUUAUGGAGCUGCCGACCUGCCAUCAACUAUCAUGUAGGUAGAGGCAAAUACCAAAUACUUGUUGAGCUUUGUGUAAGUAAGGAAAAUCAAAACAAAUCUAGGACAAGAUAUAUUUCCUGGUUAUUUUUCUAUAUCGUUUGCCAUGAGUCUAGAUCAUUUAAUUUCUGUACAUAAACACGCUUUGUACGAUGAUUAAGUGUUACAGAGUCUGGUCCAUCUAUUGUGUAAAUGUGCUAGUUAUAUGAUUAUAUAUAAUUCAUAAACGUUGUGUAAUACGAUGA